GAUCGCAGACGCAGCUGGCAAUCUAAAUCGUCCGCGAGCCUCGGCGCAUCUUCUCUUUCUCUUUCAGCUGGAUCCGAUUCACUGACUGUCCGCGAUGCCAACUUGGCGGGUAGUUCCAGUGCAGCAGGAGGGGCUGCUGGUACUAUCCCAACUGCUCAGAGACGUCCCGCUAUCGAAGGAAAGCGUUCCUUUACUUCUCCCUCUGUGCCGUUGAAGUUAAAAUACAUCUCACCCACUGGUAUGUUUGGCCUGUUCUGGUUGCUCUCCUGAUCCAUUUGCAUGCAGUGCUUGAAAGAAACUGAUCAGAUUCUCUGCACAGACUACAUGCUCGUCGACAUGGAUCUUCCUGAGCCUCGAACUGCCCCGAAGGCGCCAGAGCCCGGUCUUCUGCCCAAGAUGAAAGACGCUGCACAGCAAGCACUGAGCAAGAAGAAGUCUGGCGACGUCAAGCCAUCCAGGAAGUACAACAGAUCUGCCUUGCACAUCAAGAACUUGGACGACAAGACCCCCGAGGCCAGAAAAAACCUCCAGGAGCUGGCAAGUAGCCAGCGAAAUCUUGCCUCUGCUCGCCUAACUCAGAAACAGAUCGAGUACGCGCGCAGCGUGACUGGCACCGAAGUCAAGUUCCGCGACCUCAACGACCCGAAUGCGAAGCAGAGAAAGGAUGACGUCCGUGUCUGGGACACCGUGAAUCUUAGAUGCAUCAGCUGCCGCGGUGAGUGUCCGGUUUGCGCCGGCGCAUGCUGCCUCUACGCGAACGCCAGCAAAGCCAUCGCUAGCGAGAGCGCGGACACCGAGAAGGUUGAGAAGGCAAAGCGCAUUGUCAAAGUCGUCGAAGACCUCAGCCCCCAGGUCAUGGAUGUCGGCACUUACCAGCUGUGCAGCCAGCCGGGUGGUUGUGGUCGCUACGUCUGCCCUAACUGCUGCGGCGUGUGUCCGAAUGAGAUAUGUCGCGACGUCCAGUGUAAGGUACAUAGCUCAGCCUUUCCUUGUUUUCUGUUCAUUCGUCGACUUCAUGUGGUUUCUAUGGGCAAUGUUAACCGUGCGUUUUACAUAGGAGUGCAAGGACGACCCCUGGGGGCCCUGCGACUGGCACGACUAAGAGGGAAUAAAGGCCCACGAGACAAGUGAAGACAUGAGGAACGAAUAAUGAGAUACGAAUCAAA